UUUGGGUAAUAGUGUUCUGUGGUUAAACAACUGCGAGACUGGUUGACCGUCCGAUAUUUAUUAUUUAUAUUUUGUAUUUUACUGCAAAUAUUUUAAUUUAUCGUAAAUUCUGGUAUCUAGUACCUACCUAUUAUAAUUUUAUUUUAUUCUGAUAAACUUUUAAUUCAAUUCCAACGUUAAGGCCGAUUGAGUGACUUUAUUGCCCAUUUUGAAAUAUUUUAUUAUUCACUGAAACCUAAUAUUUUAAAAAUGUUUCACGGUCCCGAUAAACCUUUGCAUAAAUCCUACAUUGCGAUGCAACGUCCCCAAUCAUCGUCGUCGAGGGUAGAUGACGAGCUCAUGCAGAAGAGUUACAGUGCGCUGCAUAAUACGACCGACCCUCUUGAGAGGCUGCGGUUGAUGUGCUUGACUCGAGGAUCUGAUGGGAUUUUGGCGUUAGCCAGAGUAUUCCGGAGAUUGGACCGUGAUGGCAGUAACAAACUCAACAAGGAACAGUUUGUCAAAGGCAUUAAAGAUUCAGGCACGGAUUUGAGCACAGAGGAUACGGAAGCUCUGUUCAACAGUUUUGAUGCAGAUAAUACCGGUUGUAUAAGCCUUGACAAAUUUUUGGAUCGUCUUCGUCCUCCGAUGCCAGAAUCCCGGCGUGACAUCGUCGCGCAAGUGUUCAAGAAUAUGGACAAAUCCGGACACGGAGUUAUAACCAUUGAUGAUAUUCGCAAAGUCUACUCAGUCAACUGUAGCCCCAGGUAUAAGAGUGGUGAAGACACUGAAGAUUAUACUAUGAAUAAGUUCCUGGCCAACUUCGAGGGCGACGACUCCGUUGAUGGAACAGUAACACUUGAGGAAUUUAUGAACUACUACAGCGCCAUCAGUCUAUCUAUCGACACCGACUGCUACUUCGACUUAAUGAUGCGUCAGGCAUACAAGUUGUAAAUUAUAUAAAUUUCCUAUUACUAUUCUAAUUGACUACUUUGCAUCUCUAAUAUAUUAUUAUGCACAUAUUGUCACGCUUGACUUUCAUUGAUAACUAACAUAUUGUGAUGCAAUGUGCACAAACAUUAAAAUAUUUUAUUUUAUAA